AAUAUCUUUACUCUAUGGUCAGCAUCAGCAAAUUGCAAAUGGAGGAUGACUUUUACUUCAUUAGCUUGAUUUUCAGCAAUUUCUGUUAUUUAUGUGAAAUUACAGAUUGCGCCACGAGUAUGAGUUAAGCCAGUUUCGAUUCUUUAAAUGGGAAUAUUCAACUAACAAGAUGUUAUUAACUAUACACAAUCUGCCGGGUUCUACCCGUUAUGCAGAUGUAAAAAGCUUACUGAAGGAUAAAUGCGGUCUGACGGAAGUUAUCGUAGACAAUUUGGUUAAUGAGGGUAAAAGCAAGAAAGUCACCGUGGGGCUGGCAACUGAAGAUGAUGGCGCGUUUGUGGUCAGAAAACUCAACGGGUUGUUUAUCAAUGGGCAGCAGCUGUACAUUGAGGACAAGAGGCGGCCCACGGCUGAUCAGCCGUACCGCCCAGGCGGCCUCGACCCUGUGCAGCCUAACACCAUGAUGCAACCCGUACUAGCACCUGUUGUUCCGGCAUGGAACCAGACUGUAUCCAUGCCUUACAUGCAGCCGAUGCCUGUUGAUCAAACCUUAGCUUAUACGGGCUAUGUCGGCGUUCCUCAGGCGACGUUUUAUACGGAACCCUACCCAGUUUCUGCUCAAGUUCCUGGGUACUCAGGGUACCCGGCUGAAGCGUACGCUCCUAAUAAAGAGCCUAGAAACCAUCAGGAGCCCGGUGAUUGGGGUAGGAACUCGAGGGAGCCACCUCCCGAAACGUUCCGAGACAAGGAUAGAAAACGUCGUCAUUCUCCCGAAAGAUCAACGGCUGGUAGCAAAAGAUCGUCUAGACUUGACAACUUUAACAAGUCGAAGAAUCAUCGACAAACUUCUCCACCUCACAAACAAUGGGCGGACGAGAAUCGCGUUUUUCAAGACAAGUUCUCUCGUCAGAACCAAAACGUUGAACCCCAAUAUCAACACAGAGAGCCCAAUCCUGACUACCGACAAUCAGAUCCGAUGUGGGAACAACAGCCACGCUGGAAUGAACCCAAACCUCGCGCCGAACGCGAGCAACAGUGGGGCAACGAUAAUCGAGGCUGGGAGCCACAACCUGAUAAAGCGUGGGAUGAUCAACCUCAAUGGCGUGAAGAACCUAGGCAAUGGGACAGCCAACCGAAACCGCAAUGGGAUAGCCCAUCGAAACCGCAAUGGGAUAGGCCACCAAAACCGCAAUGGGAUAGCCCACCUAAACCGCAAUGGGAUAGCCCACCGAAACCGCAAUGGGAUAACCGAGCCAAACCGAAACGGGAUAACCAACCCAAACCGCAAAGGGAUAUCAAACCCAAACCGCAAUGGGAUAGCGCGCAGCAACCGCAUUCGGAUAAUCAACCGAAACCCCAAUGGGACAACCAACCUAAGCCACAGUGGGAUGACCAACCGAAACAGCAAUGGGAAGAUCGCUUACCCGAGGAAAAUAUUCGUUCAGAAUGGUACGAUCACCAAGCGGCUAGAGAUGCACCGCGUGGAAGUGAUCAAGAGUUCAAACCGCGGGAUCAUGGUCGCUACAGUGACUCCCGGCCUCGAAACCAAAACUUUGAAGAAGCAAUCAGCGAUCCCGUUUGGACCAGAGAUCCCGAGAAUUCCUUUAGUUCUUCAGGCAGGCAAUCAAGACCUGCAGAAGAAUCGCGAAGGAACCGGCCGAGAUCCAAAAACGGAUGCCAAGAGAGUGAUUGGCGUGAUAACAGGUCGGGCGCACCCCGAGACCGCUCGGGCGGCCGUCAGAAGCCCGAUUACGGGAAACCGAAGGAAUAUCCUUCUAGGGAGUUCAAAAGGCAGGCGAGACCCGAACAUGGCCCGCCUAAGGCCACACCGAGACAGGAGACACCUAGACACGAAAGAGACGAAGCGUACAGCGCUAAUACGAAUAAUUUUGUUAAAGCCAAGAAAACGUAUCCGCCCGUGUCCGAGCGACCGGUUAAAAAGCCUGUUGGUGUUGAGGUGCGUUUAGACAAAAACAAACCUCAAACUCUUCGCUCAAUGAUAAAUAAGGACAAAUCAAAUCGUCUCCAGGCCACUGCUCUGAUCGCCAAAAAAACCAUCGGAGUAGACAUCGAGAAACCUUACGUCCCUAAAGGGACUCUGGAAUCCUUUAUUUUCAAACAAUUGAAAGCGUGCAUUAAAUCGCGUGUAGACGUAAUAUUCGGCGAGGAACUGAGUUUGCAUAUGGCUGAUGUUAUUCAACGCUAUAGGGCGAAGUUUCCUUUUAAAGACGAUAAGACGUUAAUGGUGCAGAUUCGCGAGAAAAGUACGAGGGAAUACGAGGCGAUGCCGCCAAAGGAGAAGAAAGAGGAAGCGACUAACUCACAAGUGAAGAAAGAAAAAGAUACCAAAACGCAGAACGGAAAAGAAGAACAGAAAACCAUAGCAGUUCAAGAAGGAAUCGCAAAUGCAAAGAAUGAAACUGCUGCACCUACUCCUGCAGCUGCGAAGAACACGGGCCCACCAAUCCACCCGAGCAUAGCUAAGCAAGCUAAAAAGAAACCGGGGGCGGCUCUCACAGAUAAACAAGUCAUCCAACAGAUGAAACUGCUGCGCAAAUGGGAGUACGACCAGGAUGACCUUUACAGCAUGGACGAACACAAUACCAAGGCCCUGGAUGAUGAAAUGGCAGAAUUGGACAAAUUGUUUACCGAAGAAUGCUUAAACCCCGCCGAUCAGCAAGAAGCCGUAAUCUGCAAACUCCUCGCCAGCGACAGCUUGAACGACUUUAACAAGACAAUCCGCCUCUACAUAACCAAGCGCAUCCUCAACAUUCAAACCGGCCUCGCGGUCCGCAUGUUCGCGUCCGGCAAGCCUCCUAAAAAAGAGGCAGUUCUGCAGUACCUCAAGAAACAUAAGAUUCAGGCGGCGGCGGUCAAGAAGAGCGUCAAAGGCGCCAUGUUUAUGGUCAAUCUUACCCGGUUUGAGGACUUUGAUAAGCUGUGCAAUAUGGAGAAUGAUGUUAUCGAUGGCAUCCCAAUAAACUUUAAAGCGUUGCACCUCAUCGGGCCGCCGCCGAAAAUAAGCAGGAACCAGAUCAAAUCCAUGCGUCAGAAGAUGAUCGAGAACCAGAUCGAGGGCGUGGAUAUGGCUGAAUUGGAAGACGUGGACUUUGGGGUCACAGGGGGCGGUCACGCAGGGGACAUGGACAUUGGAGCCAAGGGGGGCGGUGACGCAGGGGACACGUGGGCUGAUGACGCAGGUGAUGCUGGGGACACAUGGGCUGAUGACGCUGGGGACACAGGGGACAUGGACAAAGGAUUUGUCGCGGAGGAAGAUUUUACGGAAGACAAUUUCGCAGGGGAAGAUCUCUCUAAAGAUAUUGUGAAAACUGAAGACGCGGUGGGGUUCGCGGAGGAGGUCAAUAUAGACAACAUUAAUGAGGAGGAUUUGGAGGACUUCUAGCUUUAAGUUCUCCUUUAAGUUUUAAUACAGUCGGCAGAAAAAGAAACCCUUUGAACGCCACGCCUAUAUACAUAUACAACGAUACAGUCCAAUAUCAACGUUAUAUAUAUAUAUAUAUAUAUAUAUAUAAGGUUGAUAUUGGACUGUAUCGUUGCGUCAGUUCAUCGGCUUCGGCCUUGGAGGAUUUAAACCUUUUCCAGGCCGCACUAAUCUACAAGGUUUUACCAAAAAAUUCAAUUAUUCCAUUUAAUCAAGGUUUGAUGAUUAAUUUGAAGACAAGUCACAUUUCCUGAAAAUGUAAUCUAAUUUGAACCUUAAAUCGGAAUGCUAAAGUUGAAAUUCUAAUGGCGCGUACGUGGUCGAUAAAUUGUACUGGAAAAGGGUUAACAACUGGAAACGACUUUAAGAGCAGCCCUCUGUCAAAAAGCUCGGCCAAUGGUCAUAUGUAUUGUAUGGACUGACGUUUAUCUGAGAUAACUAUUUGUACGUUACGUAGAAAUAGGCCUACAUUUCACGUGCCCCUCCCCCGCAAAAAUUGGCACUGUUUUGUACAGAAAAUUACAGUCAAGGCGUUUCCAGUUUUUAAAUCCUCCAAGGCUUCGGCGGUAUGCCUUGUCCCGGAUACGUCCCAAACAAUAUGGACCGUAAUUUACAAUUUCAAGGUUAUAAAAGCAGUUUAAAAAAAAUUACAAGGGCAUACGAACGGUUAAUGUUCACAAGUAUUUUUCGGAUUAGUUUCGUGCUUUAAUUACCUCAGAUUAUUUUUAAGAUUGUCCUGUUUAAGUAGGUACCGAAUAUCAACCUUGUUGUCGACGCAAUAAGAGUCACAUUGCAAUUUCGGUUUCAGUAAAAUUUGUCUCAAAAUUAUGUCGAUUGUAUUUGUUAUUUUGAUUCCUGCAUUAAAUACUACACAGUAUGGUCUUUUACACCAAAUACACAAGAUUAAAGAUACGUUAAGAGUUGUGUAAUUAAAGUACAAAUAGCCUCCUAACGGCCAGCCAUACAAAUGAAAUAUCCGAAAUUUGCCACUAAAAUUUAAACCUAUUGUGGAGGGAAUAGAGUUUAUUUUGUCUGUUAUAUAACUAUAUAACGGAUUGGAAGAAAUGCAACUAUAUGCCGAUUGAAUAUGAUUUGAAUUUCAUCCAACUGAGUAAGUAUUGUGUACAUGGUACACAAGAUAUAGAUAAAUUAGAUAGAAUAAAUUAAAAGACCUAUAAUUGAUUUUCUAAUUUUCUUUAGUUUCAUACAUAAGUAGGUUAUAAUAAAGUUUACUUUUAGUUAUAAGAUAUUUGAUCGUGUAUGACAAUUGAGGAAUAAAAAUUGAAAUAAUCACAA